CUGCUUGGCUAACUCUCGGUAGCUAACACUCCAGCACACUACCUUUGCGAUGAAUACCAAAGUGACAGGCGAGUUUGAGGAGCUGCUCGAAGUCGAAAAGCUGAGAGCCAGACUUCUGAAUAGUCAAGAUGGACAAGACGCCAUUCAGACGGGCAGGACAGAGAUAACCAGGCAGGAUGUUCUGUCCCGUAUUGAGAACGUGAUCCUGGGAAUAGUGCUCAGUCUGUCCCGGGGGGAAGCGCCAGUCCUGGCGUUUCACAGCAGAUCCCACUGGCUUAAUGUCAGGUUUCACAGUAAUAUUGGCCUUCACAUGGGUUGUGACACGGCUGUCAGCAUUGUCAGAAGUGACUGUCCUUCGUCAAUCGGCAGAUUUGCAUCAACUUUGAAGGUCAUAUCGACUGUUUAUAAACUUGUUCAGAGCAACACGUAUGCCACAAAAAGGGACAUCUAUUAUAAUGACACACAGCUUUUUGGAUCUCAGAGGACUGUGGAUUCUGUUGUCGAUGACAUUUCCUGCAUGCUCAAGAUCCCACGCAGGAGCUUACAUGUGCUUGCCACAUCAAAGGGUCUGAUAUCAGGUGACUUGUGCUAUCAGGAAGAAGAUGGCACCAAAGUGAACUGCAAAUCCAGCCUCACAGCAGUCUCAGUUUCAUCCAAUGUUUAUGGAAUAAAGAAUAUUGUGUCUUCUGCAAAGUUCAUUCUUAUUGUAGAAAAAGAUGCAACCUUUCAGAGACUCAUGGAUGAUGAAUUUGGCUCAAAGACAUCUCCAUGCAUCAUGAUUACAGGAAAGGGUGUGCCAGACAUCAACAGCAGGCUGAUGGUUAGGAAGUUGUGGGACACUUUGCACAUUCCCAUUUUAGCACUGGUGGAUGCGGACCCACACGGCAUUGAAAUUAUGUCUAUCUACAAGUAUGGAUCAGUGUCAAUGUCAUUUGAGGCACAGAGUCUAACUGUUCCAAGUGUGAUGUGGCUGGGUCUCCUACCAUCCGAUAUUGAGAGGCUGAGAGUGCCAAAGGAUGCCCUGGUUCCAUUCUCAAAGAAGGAUGAGAGCAAACUCUGCAGCCUGCUGAAGCGGCCAUAUGUCAGCCUCCAGCCUGCCUGGGAAAAGGAGGUAAUAAUCAAGAACGCUCUGCCAGGAAAUGUUUCAGCUAACCUGCUUUUUGUUUCCUCCAAAAUGGGAUACUUAAUUAUAUGUAUUUUUGGGUCACGUAACUUAAAAUUGCCAGGCUCGUAGGUGACCUGCAGAAAGCCUUUAUGCUUAUGGUUUCCACAAAGGCGUGAGGCCACCUGGAAGUCUUACAAUGGUGUAUAAAUUAUGUUUGACAUGCUAUAAAAUUGCAGUGAUGGUUUUUGUACACAGACAUAAAGGAACGUGGGAAAGGUAAUAUUUAUAUUAAGAUGGUUGUGUAAUGUAUUCAGGUCCCAGAAAUACAAAAUGUUGUAUUAUCUGCACUACAUCAUACAAACUUAUUGCAGAUGGAGUUGUUGCAGAAAUGGAAACAGAAAGCGGAAAUACAGUGUUUGACAUCGAUAGCUCCAAACUUUUUAACUCGUGUUUACCUGCCGAAUAAACUGCGCUACGGG